AUCACAAAGACUGUGUCAUGUGACCAGUGGGUGACAUCAUAAAUGUGUAGCUUGUUGUUUAUCUAUGCACUGUUCUUGUGCUCAGUCUAAAGUUUUACCAUUGGACGAGAAGCAUCAGGAGGCAUAAGAAGUGAAGGAUAAACACUUAUCUUGAGUGCUUAUUUUUUCCCUUUUUAUACUUCAUUGCAAUUCAUAUAUCAUUCCAUCCAACAUUUAAAAGAACUUAAAGUAGGAAAUGACUAACAUUUGGGUAUUAUUUAAUAGAAAAUAAGAUGAACCAAUGUUCUCAUUGAAUAUGAUCUAUUAAAAAAAAGUAAAUAAAUACAGAUGAUUUUUAUUAGGUGUUUGAAUCCUUUACAUCCAUCCAAUAAUUAUUUUCUUUCUUAUAUCUUUCUAUACCAGAACUAGAAGAACAUGAAUUCAUUAUCUAUCAUAUGGAUUAUCGUAUUUGGACUUUAUCAUCUUUUCUACCAAUCUACGUCAGCUUUUGAGAUAAACGGUUUUGAUGAAACACUUGAUGAACCUAGAAUCCAGUGGAAGAGAAGUGUUAAUGGAACUGAAGAAGAUUUAAAUAGAAAACAUGUAAUUCCAAUAGUGGUAAUAGUGGUAAUGCUGACAUUUCCUGUGCUUGGUAUUAUUGUAUGGUAAGCCACUUUACUUACAGGGGUAUUAAAUAUAUAUUAUAUAUAGUGACAUAAUUAGACAUUACUGGGCCCCACAGCACAAUAUUUUGGCUCAUUCAUAUGACUAGAUGCUGCCAGAACCAAUUAAAACAUUAUCAGUACACUAUAAUACAACAUUAAACCCCAGGCAGCAACAAUGGGCGUCCUCGUUUAAAUCAGCAUAAGAUAUAAUUGUGCUACAAGGCUGUUAAUGUUAUACACGUCCACUAAAACUUCACAAACUUUUCUUAUGUCACUACAGGUUAGUAUAUGUAAAAAUAAAGCAGAGGAAGAAAGUGGUUCACGAUGUUGAAAACCCACCGGUGGCAGCACAGCCAGAGGAAACAUCUCCUGAAAGCCCCAACAGUUUCAGGAGAGUGUGCAAAAAAAUGAAACAGAAGAUAACAAAGCAUAAGCCUGAUAUUGACAUAGAGAACCCACCAGAAACAGUUCCUUUGCAACAAACGACAUCAGCCAAAAGCCGUGUUAGGUUUGUAGGCCUCAAUGUACUAUAUUCUUCCACUUAAGCCAUUGGUAAUGUGAUGUUCUAGCUUGCAAUUUAAUAGAGUCACAAUUUUCCAUUAUUUAAAUACAGGCAGCAAAUAGAUUUUUCUAUUGCUGUAAAAUAAAAAUAAUAGCAUACAUUAUUCUGUUUGGGAAGAAUUAGGUCCCUUUUUUGUAAAGUCAUAUGAAAUAAAACAUGUUAGAAUGCUAAGAUUUAUACAAAUAUUAUUUACCAAAUUAUACGCACAUCCUCUCUCAGGGAAGUAUCAUCAGCCCUAAUUUUCUUUUUUAUUUAUUUAGUUCUGCGCUGAAAAAAUGUAAGAGAAAGAAGCAGAAGAAAGAAGUUGCUGAUGCAAAGGACUCACCAAUGACAGCUGAGCUUAAGCAUAAAGCAAAGGCAGCUGAAGAUGUUAUUAGGUAUGUUAGCCUAAAUUAACUAUAUUUGUGGCUUCUCUUCAAACUUAGCUAUAAAAUAUGUACUCUGUGUACUUUUAGUACUUUCUUUUGCAUGACCAAUAUACACGCACUAAGCACCAAUAAACCCUACUUUUUGGUCAUUUCAGGUCUGUGGAAACAAUAGAUAAUAUUGAGACGCCUUCUGAGGCAGCACAGCCAGAGGAAAACACAAAAACUGCUAAAAGGUAUGUAGGCCUCAACUAACUAUAUCUCCCACCUAAGGAAAAUAUGUCAUGAAUGACUGCUUAGAAUUACCAAUACAUCUUUUAUUUGUUUUUAGAUCUGUGAAUAAAGAAAGUAGGCGAAAGAAAAAGAUAAAGAAACCAGUUGUGAAAGUAGAGAACCUACCAGUGACUGUACAGUCUGAAGCAGCAACUGAAAGCCCUAAUAGUGAAAAGAAAGAGAAAAAAGAGGCCCCUUCCAGCAUUCCAGAACCUAAAAGUGGUGCUUUUUCACCAGUUAAUGCUUUCAGCUUACUGGAGUCUUUGGUGUUGUUACCGAAAAAACCUUCUGAGAAUAAGAAACGUAAAAAGGUACUACGUUCAAUGACCAUCGAGGAGAUUAUAGAUAAUAAAGAAAAAGGAGAAGGCUUGCAGGAACAAUUGAAGGACAUAAAGAGCAAGUCAUCCACUGCUCAAAACCUCAACAUUUCAGUGUUAUAUAAAAAUAUUGAAGACGACGACAUUGAGGAGGACAGAGCCCCUUCACUGAAAUUUGAGUUAGAAACGUCCUCAUUCCUGCCACAGACUUUAGAGCCUUCAAAACCUGAUAUAGUAAUAGAGAUACCGGAGGACUCUGAAAUUGUAAUAGAGACACCGAAGAACUCUGAAACUGUAAUAGAGAUACCGGAGGACUCUGAAACAGAAAAACAAAUUGAAGAGAAACCUAUUCAACCAACUGGGAACAUCUGUGGCAAUGAGGAAGAUGAGCUUCUAUUGCAAAUGGAGCUCUUGUUACUAUUAUUGACAUGUUUACAUCAGUCUGCAGAACCAGACACUGAAAAGCAACUUGUACAUGUUGAACCAAGAGAAGAUACAUGUGGUGAUGAAGAACUUCUAUGUGAAACGGAGUUCUGUUUCAUAUUAAUAUUGACGUCGAUUUAUAAACCAGCAGAACCUGAGCAGUAAGAUUUCUAGUUUCUAUACCCCGAUAUAACACCUGAGCAUUCAAAAACAUUUGCCUGA